GACACGAACUUUUUCCACGACUUUUGGGCUUGACCAAAAAAUAUUCAGCGACGGCAUUCCAAGUGUAUCUGCGUCUUCUCUAGAAGGAAGGACAUGGCGACAGAUGCUAAUCCCACACCGGCCGGCCCCGCAUACUCUUCCCGAAUCCACAGAUCAGCUCGCGGAGAACGCAGCAGCAGCAGCCAAAUCACGGAACAACCUCGUCUCUCCAGCCUAAGAAAAAUCAGGGGUCCCUUUUUGCAUAAAUCUAGUCAUGGCUGGCAGCGAGACCAUAGAAUUAACAGGGAUGGAGGUGUUAUUAAGACAGUGAUCAGGGAAGCAAAAGCUGACGCUAUUGCACCUUCAGAUAGCCUUCCUUUUGUUGAUGUUCAUUACGAAGGCACACUUGUUGAGAAUGGUAAAGUGUUUGACACUACUUACGAAGACAACUCUGUCUUCUCUUUUGAAAUUGGAGAAGGAAAUGUCAUUAAGGCAUGGGAUAUAGCUGUGAAAACUAUGAAGGUCGGAGAAGUUGCGAAGAUCAUAUGCAAGCCGGAAUAUGCAUAUGGAGCUGCAGGUUCACAUCCAGAGAUACCUCCAGAUGCAACACUCAUUUUUGAGGUAGAGUUAAUGGUAUGCAGGCCGAGGAAGGGCUCAAGUGUUGAGAGCGCGUCUGAAGAGAAAGCUAGGCUUGAAGAGUUAAAGAAGCAGCGGGAGACAGCUGCUGGAGCCAAAGAGCAGGAGAAGAAAAGAAGGGAAGAAGCGAAAGCCACAGCAGCUACUCGUGUGCAAGCGAAACUAGAAGCGAAGAAGGGCAAGGGGAAGAAAGCCAAAUAGACAGCAACCAUGUGACGUUCACAACAACGAGUACGAAGCAUCUACAAACCUGGUUACCGUGCUUGAAACUCCUCAUGACCGUAUCUGUCUGUUAUUUCUAGAAUACUGUCCGUAUCUGUCUGUAAAAAUAGAAGAAUAAGAGUUGCUACACAAAUUUGUAUUGGACAUACCUUAAGAGAUGGGAGGUAGCCCUGAGUUUUGGUAGCGCCUGCAAGUCCAAUGCAGCACUGCCAUGGCCGAUAACUUGCGCGCUCUGAUC